UAAAGCACAUAUAUUCUACGGACAGUUUAAAUGUAUUUCCAGGUCCGAUUCCAGUCAAAAGAGCACGAAGAACAUCGAAAUUCCGGUUACGCAACUAGUCUUGUCGAUCAAUCGUAAAUUUCAAAUAGAUAUUGGAAAAAUUUUUCGUGUUGUUCUGUGAUAUUAAAUACAUUGCAAGAAAAAUGGCUGAGCCUAUAAAUGUCGUGGUUACUGGUGCUGCCGGGCAAAUUGCCUAUUCCCUACUGUACCAGAUUGCGGCUGGUACAGUUUUUGGUCCUGAACAACCUGUCAAUCUUCGAUUAUUGGAUAUUCCAAUUAUGAUGAAAGUGUUGGAUGGUGUAGUUAUGGAACUGGAGGACUUAGCACUUCCUCUAUUACGUGAUAUUUUGCCAACGGCCGAACCAGCCAAGGCCUUUGAUAAUGUGGCCGCUGCUUUUUUGGUUGGCGCGAUGCCGCGGAAAGAAGGAAUGGAGCGUAAAGAUCUUUUGGCUGCAAAUGUAGAAAUUUUCAAAGUGCAAGGGGAGGCGUUAGACAAGUACGCGCGUAAGGAUGUCAAGGUGCUUGUCGUGGGUAAUCCUGCUAACACCAAUGCGCUUAUCUGUUCGCAUUAUGCACCAUCGAUCCCGAAGGAGAAUUUCACCGCGAUGACCAGAUUGGAUCAGAACAGAGCGCAGGCAACAUUAGCCGCGCGAUUAAACGUACAGGUCGAUAAUGUGAAAAAUGUGAUCAUCUGGGGUAAUCACAGUUCCACGCAAUAUCCUGAUGUAGCGCACGCGACCGUAACACGAUCAUCCGGCGCGAAAUCCAUACCGUCCGAGAUCAACGAUGACGAAUGGCUAAACAAGACUUUCGUAGAGACAAUCCAGAAACGCGGUGCUGCUGUGAUAGCCGCUAGAAAAAUGUCUUCCGCUAUGUCCGCCGCGAAAGCUGCGGGGGAUCAUAUGAGAGACUGGUGGUUCGGCACUAAACCUGGAGAGUGGGUGAGCAUGGGCGUCGUAUCCGAUGGAAGUUACGGGAUUCCAAAAGACGUCGUCUUCUCCUUCCCUGUUACUAUUAAAGAUAAGCGUUACGAAAUCGUACAGAAUCUUCCAAUUAGUAGCUUUGCAAAAUCAAAGUUGGAUAUCACGUCUAAAGAACUAGAGGAGGAACGCGCUGAGGCGAACAAUGUACUGAAAAAGUGACUAGUAGUGGUGCAGAACGAUGAAACACAGACCGAAUUUAUGCCGGCGAAACUAUAGAAUAUCAUCUUUACAAUGCUACGCAAGAUAUAUGUACAUAUAUACGCAUAUAUACUUCAAUAUAAAUACCAUGUAAACAAUUAUUUUUCCAUCGAUAUAAUUAGGAAGGAUUGUGAUUCGGUGCGUUGAAUACACAGAUGAAUCAGUGGUGCAAUAUAAAUGGUAAUAAUAUACGUUAUCUGCCUAGAAUGCGAAUUAUCAUGAUAUAUGAUACGUAUGAUUUAUAUAGACUUUAUAUAAAAACAAAGUAACUUUUGUGUAACGAGGUGCAUAUUGGAAAACAUAUACUUAUACUUUAUAACA